AUGGACCCUCUCCCGCUCAUCGCGUUCUCGCUCCGGAUACCGUCGCGCAUGGCCGCCGCGCUCACCUCCGCGUACGCCCUCUCGUCCCUCCAAAUUCUCUCUAUCCGCUACCUCUCCCACUACUUGCGAACGUCAAGACCCCUACCCGCCGCACACAUGGUCGUCAACAUCCUCGCGGCCUCGCAAGCUGCGCUCGCGACCCGCUUCGCGCGCGCCGAUGCAUACCCCCGCCCGUUCGAGGGUGUCCCAUACGACCACACGCUCGACGGGCUGCCCGUCCUCGCCGGCUCUCUUGGUGCGCUCUCGUGCCGCCUCGUUGCGCCGCCGUGGCCGCUGCACGAUGUCGCUGCGCUCGAGGGGUCGGGGAACGCACGGGGGACGUGGGAGGGCGAAGGCGUCGCGUCCGAGCUAUUCGUGGCGGAGGUUGUGCGCGUCGAGCGGACGGGUGGGGAGGGCGGGGGGACGUGCGACCGCUGCUGUACCAUCGGAGAGGAACACUCCAAGUUCGCAUCCAGUACAGACGAGCCCUCACGUUUCAACGCGGGUCGUGAACAUGUUUUAAAAUUCUUUGGCAAAUACACGAAGCUGUCAACGGACAAAAUUGAGAAAGAGGUUCCAUCAUUCUAUCUCAAUUUCCCGUUCCUGUUCAAGUACCUUUCCCCACUCCUUGACCUCAGGGUGUCUGAGGAACGGAAGACUGCUGUCGAAGAACGGCUGAAGAUUUUCCAUGUCAUGAUUCCGCAAUAUGGUGUCGGCCGUAUCACCUUGGGAAGCCAUCUCAAACCUAUCGAGAUCUUUGACGAACUGGGCCUCUUUGGUUUCUUGGGCCUCGUAUUCUUCCCAGAGGGUCAUGAUACGCUGAGCCGCGGGGCUAUCAUGCAGCAUCUCAUGACGAAAUUGUGCAUGGCCUCCUACCUUUCGGGUCCCGGGACCUACUGGACGAAGUUGUUCCGCUCUGCGUCUUCACGCCCCAUGUUAGACAUUACGCAGACCGUUUACGUAGCACCAGUGGCCAACCUUGAGUCUCUCCAAAACAUGGAAGAACGCCAGUUUGUCCUGUGCGGCAUCUCCGAGGAUUUUGAUUGUAUCGGUGGAGAAAGCGCUCCCGCAGAACCUGACCAGCCUUUGUUCCACCCUUGCAAGUGCUCGGGGACAAUUCGAUAUAUUCAUCAAGACUGCUUGAAAGAAUGGCUCACUCACAGCCGGAAGAAGACGUGCGAUGUGUGCAAGUACCCGUACUCGUUCACGAAGGUGUACUCGGAGAACAUGCCGGAACGGCUCCCCAUAUACCUCAUUUUGCGCGAAGUACCCCGUCAAGUAGCCUCCGCAGUCCUCUUCAUCCUACGCACCGCUCUUGUUGCGACCGUAUGGCUUGCAGCGCUCCCCUACGCGACGAUCUGGACGUGGAGGACGUACUUCGCGCUGGGCAAUAUGAUUGCAUGGUGGAUCAGUGCGUUGCCACAACCAGAACCCAUCACAGACUUCUACGGCCGCCCAGUGGUCGCGAAUACAACUGCUAACACUACCACCAACGGUACUGCGAAUUCUACUGAAGCCGUGUCCUUGGAGCAGCUUGUUGCAGCGCAGGAGCCCGUCGCAAGUUCCUUAUUUGCCCACCCUCUCUACCGGUCCAUCUCCUCCGACAUCUUCUCGGGGCAGGUCAUCGCGUCCUUCAUCGUGCUCACGUGCGUAGCGGUCUUUCUCCUGCGCGAAUGGAUCAACCAGAACGCGCGCCCCGGUAUCUUCGACGAAAGGGAUGCCCAGUUCGACGCUGCAGCACCCGAAGCACCCCCAGCAGCAGCUCCCCCGCCCGUCAUUCGCCAGCCUGCGGCACAUCACCUCGAAGCGCCGCGGAUGCCGCGGCCCCCCUCGCCCCCUCCGAUGGUUCCAGACGCAAAUCAUCGCGCGCAGCUUCGUCGCGACCGCGAAAUCCAGGAUCCAGUGCAACCCACCGCGGGCCCUUCCCGCGUCAAGAAGCCGCGGACCAGGGAGUCUCGCCCAGGAUCCGACGACGGAUCAAUAGCGAACCUGCCGCAUUCGAAUAAAGGCAAGGAGAAAGCCCCCCUCCUUUGGAAGCCGCGGAAGGUGCAGCUCAGGGAAGGCUCCAGUGACCGAGGCAUGGGGAACCACAAACCGCGUGCGGUGUCGGCCAAGGCGAGACUGGAGGACUGGGAGAAGAUGCGCGACCCAAUGCACUUCGCCUCGGACAGAGCGAACGACAUCCCUGUCACAGAGUUCACCUUCAGAGCCAACGGUCCCGCGUAUCCGUCCCCGCCUGCCAAGUAUUCAUCAAUCGGUCGUUCUAGGUCUGCCGACCCUCCAGAUGAGCCCCCCAUCGAAGCUCUACCGUUCGCGAUCGUGCCGCGGGCUACCACUUCCACUUCAGUCCCGGCCGGCCCGCCACACCCUGUCUCUCCCGCCUCCUCCAGCAGAACGCACAGUUCGUCAACAUCCCCAGAGCGUUUCUCGAGCCCGCCAGAAGAUGGUGUACUCACUCCUGUCGCCAUGGAGCCACCGCCAUGGACACAGCAGUUCGCUAUCGGAACGAAGCCGCCUGAGGAACCAGCGGCGGUCUCUCCCUCUGGCCUGCGACGCCCUCCCCUUCCUGCAGUCACACUCCCACCUUCUCCCCCACGUCCCUCGGAUCCUGCCGUAACGUCUCUGCAGAAUGUUCGUGGCUCCACGCCCAUGGAGUCGCCCAGUCUUGCUACGUACCGCGCUCCGGAGGAGCUCGGGGCGGAACCGCAGGGCUACUUCGUCCACGAUGACGCCGACGGGGCCGAGCAGGAGUACUUCGAUGAGGAGGAGCACCGUCACUAUUUCCGCGAUCCGGAGGAGGCGGAGGAGGAGGCGGAGGAUGACGAAGAUGACGAUGAGGAUUCGCAACAUUGGCAAGAUGGAGAUAUGGACUUCGCGGAGGUGGGGGACGACGGGGAGGCGGUGCACAUUCUCGAUGAAGUGCAGGGGGACAUGGCCGACGACGAGCUGGACGAAGGGGAAUGGAUGGACGAGGAGGUCGUGCACGAGGAGGAGGCGGUCGCGGAUGCUCCGGAAGUGGGUCAAGCUCAACAGCCGGACAGACCAGCGCCGCAAGAGGGCGUGUUCUGGAUCGACGACAUUGCGGCGUUGCAGAACGUGAACGGACCGGACGGUGGCGAGGGUGGGAAUGGCAGGCGGGAGCGGAGAGGGCCUCGGGUGCAGUUUGACCAGCCGUUCGCUGAGGUUGGGCCUCAAGAAGAUUUUGACCAAGAGGUGAAUGUGGAGGACGACAUGGAUGGCGCUCUUGAAGCCAUCGGUCUGCGCGGACCUUUGGUCAGCGUUCUACAGAACGCAAUCCUGAUGACCAUCAUCCUCGACGCCACCAUUGGCCUAGGUAUAUGGCUGCCCUUCACCAUCGGAAAAUCAACUGCCCUUUUGUCGCUCGCUGAGUUUUCCAGCUCGAUAUCAUUGACGGCGCGUUGCUUGCAGUACAACCGCACUUCCAUCUUCGCAUCCAAAGUCAUGGAUCAGAUCGCCCCAACGCCAGCAGCCUCAGCAGCUGUAUCCGAGGUCCAGUCUACGUCAUCCUCUCUGUACCGUCUGCUGGAGGAAGACACCACCGUCAUGCGCUACGCCGAGCCAUAUUUUCACCCCGAAAGUAAGGAGGCGUGGAUCAGCCUCGCAACUGGAGACACGCCCAACGACAAAAUGUUUGCGGUUCUUCUCGGUUACGCCGUCGUCGGCCUGCUCCUCGCCAUCUACCUCAACAUCCUUACCGUUGGCAGCAUGCGCAGCGCAGGCAGGGCCGUUCGCCAUGCCGUUCGCCAACAACUACUCGUCGUCAAGGUCGCGACGUUCAUCAUCAUCGAGCUCGUCACGUUCCCUCUGGGAUGCGGGGUCAUGCUGGAUAUUUGCACCGUGUGGCUGUUUCCUCAGGGGAGCUUUGGGAUGAGAGCAGCGUUCCUUGUGUACGCUCCAGUAACCGCGGUCUUCUACCACUGGGUCGUGGGCACGAUGUUCAUGUACCAGUUUGCUGUACUCCUGUCUGGCUGUAGGACCAUCAUGCGCCCUGGGGCGAUGUGGUUCAUCAAGGACCCUCAAGACCAGAACUUCCAUCCUAUUCGCGAUAUUCUGGAGCGGCCCACUUUCGUUCAAAUACGCAAGCUCCUCUUCAGCGCAGUUAUUAUUCUUCUACGCAUCGCACUUGGGGCUAGCGCUCACAAACUGUGUAGCGAACCACUCUCGGAAGUCCCCGUGGACCUGAUCAUGCUUCAACUCGUGCUCCCAUACACCAUGGACGAAUUCCACCCUCGUGCUACGUUGCGGAAAUUCGGUACGGGCGUUUGGAGGUACCUCGCCUCUCGUCUCAGGCUGUCGUCGUACAUGUUCGGGGGCCGGUACCCUCUCGAGGAGUUUACGCCGAAAGAGUGGAACUGGCGUUUCCUCGUCGACCAGAACGCUUUGGCUGAAGUCGAGCACACGAUGGACGGCUCCUUCCUCCGUGUCCCGAACAACGACAACGUUGCCCUUGUGAAGGACUCUCCCGCGACUGUCGAGGUCCUUGAAGACGGCACACCUGUGGACGAAGAAGCCAGGAAGCUCAUCGACGCUCAGAACCGAGAGGCACAGAAGAACAAGCGGCAGGUGCACGACGGCUACUCGUUCGUUGUUGGCUUCUACCUCCUUUGGGGCUGCUACCUCUUCGGCGGCGCGGUCGAACGGUUCGACAAGCGCCGGCAGCGGCGUUGGGUCGAGGACGAGGAACGCGGGGACUGGACGUUCUUCGCCGUGAAGCGCGGGCUGCUCUGGCUCUCGCAGGCCGCGUACAUGAUCACCACGCUCGGAAUCGUCCUGCCCACUCUCCUCGGCAUUGUCAUCGAACUCUACAUCGUCCAUCCCAUUCGCCACACUGCACACCCGAACGUGGAGCCGCGCAUCCGGCUCGUAGACAUGUGGGCGCUGGGUGUCAUGUACGCGAAGAUCAUGUUGCGCGUGCUGAACACGCAGCGCCGGCCCGCGGACGGCAUUGUGUACGGCAUAGAACGGAUACACCGUCUCGGGUUCAUGCACAUGGACCCCUUCGCAGCCACGGUGCAGGUAUUCAGGCCCCUCGCCACAGGGCUUCUGGCCAUGAUCCUCUUCCCCGCUGCUCUUGUCUGGGGUGUCACGCGAUUACUGCACCUGCCGGUGGACGAGAACCUCCUUUCAGCCAUCCGCGACCAGGAGUUCCUUGUGGAGAUGCGUCUGCGCAAUCUAGAGCCCGAGAAGGAAGCCCCGCCGCAGACUACUGGCGCGACGGAAGCGGUUGAAGUCGAAGCAUAG